AUGAUUGUUCAAAUAAACCCUCUCCUCGAUCCUCUCAGUCCAUAUUUUCUUCCUUCCAACAAAAAUCCUUCAAUCAGUUUGGUUUCUGCACCUCUAAAUGAUCACAAUUAUCUUUCUUGGUCGCAAUCUAUGUUACUUGUUCUUAGAACCAAAAACAAACUCGCAUUCGUCGAUGGAUCUCUCGCUCGACUUGCCACUGCCGGAGUGAAUCAAACAACUUGGGAUCGUUGCAACAAGUUGGUUAUUUCCUGGAUCGUACAAUCGCUGGAUACAUCCCUAAUUUUGAGUGUAAUUUGGAUGCCAACAGCUUCUCAAAUAUGGAAUGAUCUCAAGAAACGGUACUACCAAGGUGAUGUCUUUAGAAUCUCUAAAUUGCUUGAGGAAAUCUACUCACUAAAACAAGGUAAUAUAUCCAUUACCCAUUACUUCACAACCUUACAAGGACUAUGGCAAGAAUUAGAUCAUUUCUGUCCUAUACCUUCGUGCACUUGCUCUACUACUUGUUCUUGUAAACUCAUCCCUACUAUUCAGUCAUAUAGGGAGAGAGAAUAUGUCAUACGAUUUCUUAAAGGAUUGAAUGAGCAGUAUUCCAAUGUAAGAUCUCAAGCAAUGUUGAUGGACCAUUUUCCAUCGGUGCAAAAGGUUUUCUCAAUGCUCUUGCAACAAGAAAGAGAACUCCAUGGUACCAAUGAUAAUCAGGUAUUGGCAGUGACUUCUAAUAAUGAAAGGAACAACUAUAAAGGAUCCAAAACAUUUAAAAGAAACAAAGACUACAACACAAAGGUAUGUUCUCAUUAUGGGAGGAUUGGUCAUCUAGUUGAUUCAUGUUAUAAGAAACAUGGUCCUCCACUACACCACAAGCAUGGCAGAGUUGUGAACCAGUACCAAUCAGUUUCUGAUGAGGAUAUUGAUGAUGAUCAAUCUGUCCAAUCUCAGAGAGUAGUCUCCCAUAAUUCAAGGAACAUGUUUACUCCAAAAUAG